CCUCUAUUUUUUUCUUUCUAAAAGAAAAUGGCUGCCAUGUACUGAGAAAUUGCAGUCUACUUUUCUAAUCCGUUUUAUGUUGCUCUCUUAUUUAGCCUUUCCUUCGUAACUUAACAAAUAAUCAGAAUGUUCAAAAAGGCGAAGCGAGCAAAUCUCCGACGGAGGAAUGAAUCCGACGAGGAGGAGCAUGAAGAGAACCCGCUCCUGGCGCCCACGUCGUUCGGGCCUAUCGUGGAGAUCCCGUUCAUGGAGACUUCCAGCUCUACCGGAGCGGAGAGCAGUUACAGUAACGGCUUUCUUGCGAGCAUUAAAGCGGUCAGGAAGGAAAAGAAGUGUAAAGAUGUCGCGCCUGCCCCUCUGCCGACGAAAGCCAGUUUGCUGAGUUUUGACGAAGAUGAGGAAGGGUCCGAGGUGUUCAGAGUGAAGAAGCCUAACCAUAGCAAGAAGAUCGUCAAGCAGCUGAAGAAAGAAUACAAGGAGGAUCUGGAAAGAUGUGGAACUGUCAAACACGACACAAAGCCAGAUAUUCAGUCUCACCCCUUGGCCUCCAUAAAGGAGGAAGUUCUGAGCAGAGCGAACAGUGAACAUGGGGAGGAGGAGAUGGAGGUGGACAGUGCUGAUGAACUGGACGAAGAGACGCGAAGUCAAGCGGGUCAAGUUAAAGGCAAAAACGCCGGAGCAACAUUCAACACUCUGUCCUCUCUCGGCAGCUUGAAGCCAGGAGAAAUCCCAGAUGCUGCGUUUAUCCACGCUGCCAGAAAGCGGCGGCAACUGGCGAGAGAACUGGGAGGUGAGACUCCUCUGGUGGAGACGGAGACUCAGAACAAACGCCUGGCACAAGAAGACCAAGAUGCCAGUGACGAUGAAGAUGAGGAUGAGAAGAGGAUCCGCUUCAGCGGCGUCAAGAACAAAAGCCAGAGGCAGAAGAUCGCUGAGGAGAUAGGUAUCGAGGGCAGUGAUGAUGAAGCUCUGGAUACUGGUCAAGAUGAGGAGGUGAGCCGCUGGGAGCAAGAGCAGAUUAGGAAAGGCAUCAGCAUUCCCCAGGUUCAAAGCAGUCAGCCGGAGGAAACCACGGUGUACUACCAGAACAGCUAUGAAACCCAGCCCUACGGCUCCUCCUACACCGUGCCUUUUACCUACAGCACAGUAACUUCACAAACCGGCAAGAUGGCGGGCCUCCCUGACAACGGCUCUGCCCACUACAGGGCUCCAGUUUGUGAUCUGACUCCAGUAUCCAUUGAUCUGGUAAAGAAACGCCUGCAGGAGAGGCUCAGCCAAAUGCAUGCAGGCUACAACGCAAACGCCGGUCGCUUCGGUCAGAUCAAAGACGACCUGGCUGCCUCUGAGAGCGCCAUACAGCAGCUGGAGGGCUCGUCCAAUGAUAACGCAGAUCAGUAUAAAUUCUUGCAAGAGAUGCGAGGGUAUGUUGGAGACUUGCUUGAGUGUUUCAGUGAAAAGGUGCCUGCUGUCCUGGAGCUGGAGGCUGCCAUGCACCAGUUACUAAGGCAACGGGCCUCGCGACUUGUCCAGAGAAGACAGGAUGAUAUUAAAGAUGAAUCGUCGGAGUUUGCAAGCCUUUCAAAUAAAGCCGUCAUGGCUCCUAAUCUCGACUCAUUCGGUCGAGACCGUGCAUCGUACCAAGAGGCCAGUCGUCAGAGGAGGAUAGCUGAACGAGAAGCGCGGCGAACGCGGCGAAGACAAGCUCGGGAACAGAAAGUAGAGGGGGCCGAGCACAGAGAGGGGUUGUCUUCUGAUGAUGAGGAGACCUCUACGGACAUCACCAGCUUCAACAUGGAGAGAGAUCGCAUCAUCCGAGACAGUAGGAAGGUUUUUGAGGACGUGGUGGAGGACUUCCAUUCUCUCGAUUUCAUCAAAUCCCAUUUUGAAGUGUGGAGGAGAGAAUACCCCGACUGCUACCGCGACGCCUACAUCGGCCUCUGUUUGCCAAAACUCUUCAACCCUUUAGUCCGUCUGCAGCUCAUCGCCUGGAACCCUCUGGAGGAGCCGUGUCCAAACUUCGAGUACAUGCUGUGGUUUGAGUCGCUUCUGUUUUACGGGUUUGAGGAGGACAGCGCGCUGCAAAAGGGAGACGAGGACAUCGGCUUGCUGCCGGCGAUCGUAGAGAAGGUCAUUCUCUCCAAACUGUCAGUGUUGGCGGAACAAGCGUGGGACCCUCUGUCGUGCAGUCAGACGGCCCGGCUGGUGGCGUUCAUCCACAGGCUCAUCGAAGGUUAUCCAACCGUGCUGCAUGGGGACAACCGAUACACACAGGAACUUCUAAAGACAAUAGUUUUGCGGAUCCGGCUGACUUUAGACGACGACAUCUUCCUUCCACUUUACCCCAAAAAUGUGAUGGAGAACAGGAACGGCUGUGCCUACUUGUUCUACCAACGGCAGUUCUGGACCUGUGUGAAGCUGCUGGGUAACAUCCUGCAGUGGGAUGGCAUCUUAUCCUACUCCUGUUUGAAAGACCUGGCCUUGGACAGCACUCUUAACAGAUACAUCCUGUCUGCUCUGCAGACCACAGACGUAGGAGAGGAAAAUGUUCAGAAAUGCCAGAAGGUGGUGGAGUGCUUGCCGGUGCAGUGGUUCUCCGGGCUGAAGGGUCAGCAGACGUUACCUCAGCUGGAGCCUUUCUGCCGAUACCUCACACACCUGGCUAGCUCGAUGCACCGCGGCAGCGUGGGAGGAUCUGAUGCUGAGCGGCGCACCACAAAGGAGCAGAUCAGGCAGAUUGUGAGGAUGCUGGGCCGCAUGAACGCCCUGGACCACAUCAUCGCUGUGGCAGAAGAACACGGCGUCAAAGACAUCAAACUACUCCUGGAAGUCAAAUCAUAAAGAGACGAGUUUUCAUCUGUCGCUGAUGCCAAGAGAGGGAUGUUUGUUUCUGUCACAUAAAUCACAUGAUCAAAUAAAAACACUGUAAAUAUUGUAGAUGAUGUACAGUCAGGUGUGCUCACACACACCUAUUUGAGCAUACUGUCAGCUCUGAACGAUAGCUUCGUGAAAGUUAGCGAUAUUUUAACAGCAUAAUUUAUUAGUGCAUCAUUUUGGAUUGUGUCAUGUCUGAAUAGUCUCCGUUAAAAAUUCUCAGCCAGCUUCCAGAUCCUUUUUUGGAGGGGUUUUUUUUUCUGCGGGGGCCAAAAUCCAAUAGUUUGGCAACUUUUCUCAUUUUUUCCCCAAAAAAAAAUGUCAUUCAAACUGUCCUAUUUGUAAGUUUAGUGUUUUUGCCUGUUAAUAAAACAUAGGAAGGAA